UUAAUACAGUUUACAUGAAGUCCAACUUUACCACAAUUAAUACAGUUUACAUGAUGUGCAAAUUUACUACAAUUAAUACAGUUUACAUGAAGUGCAACUUUACCAUAAUUAUUACAGCUUAUAUGAAGUACAACUUUACCACAAUUAAUACAGUUUAUAUGAAGUGCAACUUUACCACAAUUAAUACAGUUUACAUGAAGUGCAACUUUACUACAAUUAAUACAGUUUACAUGAAGUACAAAGUGAGAAGUAGAAGUGAGAAGGGACCAAACGACUGUUUAUCAGGAGGGAAGCGAAAUAUGUAUCUUAUGCCGAGAAAUAUGCUGUGUGAGGGGGAAAAACAGGAGUGCCCCGAGAAAACCCACUUUCACUGGUUGAGCGACGAAUAAUCUACCCAACCAGUGCCCGAGCUGGAUACAUUGAAAUGGUGAGAUGAAUGAUUAGUGAAAAUACGUGUGAAUGUAAAUGGAUCUUGCUAAGUUAAUAAGGAUUUUGAAACUAAAAUCUGAAAACCUUCUUCACCUGUGUUGUAGUCUGAUGGGUAGAAGUCUGCAGUGUUAGAACGUUGUUCCUCACCGAAGAUAAACAGAUAGAUAGAUAAAAAAAAAGCGAUUGUCGCAUCUACGCAUUGAGAUCAUAGAAAUUGACCAAUCACGUGCAACCAUCAAGACGAAUGAGAUUUCUAUGCGCAGUAGUCGUAGCAACGUAAAAUCUCCACUCUUGACACUAAGAUUCCGAGUGUAACACUAUGACUUCACAUCCACUCAGACUCGAUGACUCGUGCCGCGAGCUUCUAUCUAUUACACCAUACAGUACACCUCCGCCUCCAGGCGAGCAGAUAUCGGGGCGCGUAGGUACGUCUGGUAAUGUGCUUAUAGACAGCCGAGCACGUGACAGCAACAGCCUCAACUUGCCUGACCUAUCCUCAGACUCCUCCCUCGAUGGCAAAGUGGCUGAAAUGGAUGACACUUUAACUGACCUUCCAGUUUUUGUAGACCAUAGAAAACAAGUGUCCGAGAUGCUGUCCGGCAAAAACUGGACAUUUUCGCCAGAUCAUGUGGCUUGUGUGUGUGAAGUCCUUCAACAGGCUGGGGAUAAUAACCGUUUGGCUCGCUUCCUUUCGUCACUUCCGCCAACCGAGCUCCUGCGCUGCAACGAGUCUGUCUUCCGAGCUCGAGCAGCAGUAGCUUUUCACCGGGGUAACUACCAUGAACUUUAUACUAUUCUUGAGAAUCACAGCUACGACCCCCAGCACCAUCCGAAGCUCCAACAGAUGUGGUACACGGCCCACUAUCGAGAGAGCGAGAAGGUCCGCGGCCGGCCACUAGGGGCUGUAGACAAAUAUCGUCUGCGGCGUAGGUAUCCGCUACCCAAAACCAUCUGGGACGGAGAAGCAACAGUUUACUGCUUCAAAGAAAGAUACCGACAAAUGCUGAGAGAAUGUUACAACCGGAACCGCUACCCUACUCCCGAUGAAAAGCGAUUAUUAGUUAAGAAAACUGGACUGAGCCUAUCACAGGUUAGCAACUGGUUUAAAAACAGACGCCAAAGAAACGGGACUCGUACUCGUAUAAUUUCCACUACAACGUUACCACCAUCUUCGUCAGAUGAACUUUCUCUCACUACUGAAUUGAUAACUCCAAAACCGGAAGUAACAACUCUAUCCCAGCAAAGUUCUUCCUCUCCAUAUGUCCAGUCUAGCAACCAUAACAACAUUCGGGAUUAUAGCUACAUCCAGAGGUCACUAGAAGAUGGACGUUUGCACCCAGUUAUUACGGCCGUGAGGUCUUCUUAUUUGAGGUCUGAAGAUGGUAGGUUAACAGAUUCAACAACACUUAAAAACCUGGUUAGAUCACCAGAGGACAGUACGAUAACUAGUAACAUAACCCUAAUUAAAGACCUUACACGCGAGCUGGACGAUGGGUUCUCACUUCCUAGAGGGAUGAAGAAACAACCAGAUGUACGAACCCCUGCUGAGAUGACCAUGAUAAGAGAAGUACAAAAGGCGGUGGGAGAUGAAGGGAUCUCUCAACACUUAACAGUGGUUAAAAACGUUCCUGAGUUAUACCAUCCUAGACUGUUCUAUCCAGCAUGUCCCUCAAUGUUUGAGACAGGGACCAUUUACAACUACUCAUCUCUAAUGACAUCCGAAUAACGAUGUAAUACGAACCUGGAAUCACCACUGGUAACGAAGUAGAAAAGAACCCUGAAGAGACAUUUCUUUCCCUAAAUUAAAGCAUCAUAAAGACGAUUAAAGUGUUACUAAUAACUUUCCCAGACGAUAAAUACGUUAAAGCACGGUUCUGGAAUAUAUUAGACUUCUCGUUUCAAAUGAUAAAAUACGGCAAUGAUAUAAAUCUAGUCGUUACACAUCCAGUCGUCAUAUAACAAUAAUUGAUAUCCAGUAGUUACACAACAAUGAUGUAUAUACAUAUAUACACAACAAUUGUACCGAUCCAGUCUUCACAAAUAAAUAAUAUACAUCCAUCGUCACACAGCAAUGAUGUAUAUAUAUAUUGUAACCAUAUAACAAUAAUAUACAUUCAGUUGUCACACAACAAUGAUGUACUAAUACAUCCAGGUGUUCAAGCAAACGAUAAGGACAAUUUAAGUGUACUUUAACAAAUAUACAAAUGGAUUAGACAACUACAUCAAACCACCAUUUUUCAAUCACGCUUAUAAAAAUUAACUUAGUAACACAAAUCUAGAAGUUGAUAUAUCCAUAAACAUUGAUCUUCCACAAAAUCAGAGGAACAUAAACCUUUGUAAUUAUUUAACCUUAUAGAUUGUUUUCCCUUUCUCAAUAUGACAACAUUUUAGCGUACAGUUAUCAAUACGGGUAUAACCUCGGUAAUACUGUAUGUACAUUCACUAGAUCAAAGUUCAAAUUGUUCAAAGCUUUAGUUUUAAACAAUAAUUAUUUUAGUAUUUCAUACACAUAAAUCAACCAGUUUUAUUGUAGUUUUAUCUUGUACGAGCAUGAGAAUAGUUUAAAUUGAUGAACCAUGUUAAUAGAGCUUUUCAAUCUGUCUA